GCUCCCCGGGGUCGCGCCGGGGGUCUGUGUGCGCACCGGGCAGCCCCGCGAUGUUCUGCCUCCUUUCUAAGGCGCUCUCCUACUUCUGGAGACGUGCAGGUGACGAAGAUGAGAGAUGGGCGACCUCAGGUGAUCAAGAAUUGAAAACAGUACAAGGAGUAGUGACAAGACUUUGUCAUGAUUAUGGGAUGAUAGAUGACAUGAUAGUCUUCACAAAGGAUGUUGUUACAAAAAACAUGUUACUGGCCAUUGGACAAGAAGUUAUUGCCACAGUGGAAGAGGAUCAAACAUCGGGUGGCCUGAAGGCUAUAAGGGUAGACGCCAUCCAGGAUACACAACAAGACUUCAGUCCUACUUUUGAUGCCUCUGAACUAAAUAACAAAACAUUAAUUGGCAGUAUUACGUCUCUCUCUAAGCAUGGUGGCUAUAUUAAUCAGAAUACUUACUUUGCAAUGGAAGACGUCUGGGAAGAUUUCAAACCUUGUGAAGGUGAUUGGGUGCAAGCAAAGUAUUUUAUUAAUUUGACAACAUGGAAGAGUGAAGCAGUUGCUGUAAGGCCUUUGAGAUAUAAGCAAGUAAACAAGGUUCGCAUUUCCAGCAUCUGUGGAAGAACUGGGACAGUAGAUGAGAGUAUAUUUUUCACUUUGGAUUCCUUGAAACUUCCUGAUGGCUACUCACCUCGUAGACAUGAUUUAGUGAAUGCAAUUGUGGUGGAAAGCAGUCAGUCAUGUUAUAUUUGGAGAGCUCUCUGCCUAGUGCCAGUCAACCAGGAUGGGCAAUCUCACUCUAAUGGAGGUGAUACAGAUGAACCUUAUGAAGACUUAAUGAGAGAAAAAGGAGAGUUGAAAAUAUCAAGAAUGACUAACUUUGGAACUCUGAAGCAGGGGGAAUCUAAAAGAAUUAUCAUUUGGAUAGAGAAUCAUGGGCACAGUAAAGAGCUCCUGUUACUUGGUUUUUCUGAUUUUACUGUUGGACGCUAUAUUGAAGCCACUGUCACAAAUGAAGAAGAAUUACUUAUAGCACCUGUGGAACCAUUUUCUCCAAUAAAGCCUAAAAUUACUGCAAAUUCUCAGCUAAGGAAGACAACAGUGGCUGCCCCUAAAAGCAGAAGAAAUAACAGAAGGUGGUGUUCAAACUUUCUCCCACAUUAUACCAUACCGGAUGAAUUAAGAAGAUGUGUGGAGCAGAAGUUAGACAUACUGACUUUUCAGCCCCUCCUAGCAGAGCGUCUUAGUCUAGAUAAUUAUACAGCAAACUUCUCUACUCUUCUGUGGCUUGAAGAGAUCCAAGCAGAAAUGGAUUUAAAAUGUUUCAGCAUGAGUGGGGUUACUUUGAAAAGGAAUGGGAACCUUUUAGUGCUGGAAGUGCCAGGAGUAGAAGAGGGCAGACCUCGCCUGGUUCCAGGUGAUAAGGUGAUACUGAGAAGUCAGGUCUACUCGGGGCAUAUAAUAGAGUACAUUGCCUUUAUUACUGAGAUAUGUCAAGAAGAUGUUACUCUUAAAGUUAAUGCAGACUUUGAACAAGCUUACAACUUGGAACCCAUGGAUGUGGAAUUUGUUCAGUGCAGGAUUCCCAGCAGGCGAUGCCAGUUGGCAAUUCAGCAAGCUUCCUACCUGGGUGAAAAAGGCCAAGAAAAAGAAGAACAAACAGGCAAAAGGCAUGACAUCAAGGGAGAUGAAUGUCCAGGAUAUGAGAUUGGUGAAACUGUGGCACUUCAAGAGAGGAGUGGUGAAUUUUUCAAUCCGAUGCUGAAUGUGCAACAGAAACUGGCGGUGAAAAGGAUACUGAGUGGUGAAUGUCGCCCAACACCUUAUAUUCUCUUUGGACCACCAGGAACUGGAAAAACAGUAACAGUAAUUGAAGCUAUUUUACAGAUACAUUAUACUCUACCAGAUAGUCGGAUUUUGGUAUGUGCACCAUCAAAUGCUGCAACGGAUCUGAUUUGCUUGCGGCUGCAUCAAAGCAAUCUCUUAAAACCAGGAGCUAUGGUCAGAGUUAAUGCUGCCUUCAGAUCAGCAGAGCAAAUUGAUGACAUGGUGAAACCUUACUGCAAAGAUGGUGAUGAUAUUCAGAAAGCAUUGUGGUCCAGGAUAGUAAUUACAACAUGCAGCAGUGCAGGAUUGUUUUAUCAAACAGAUACACGGCUUGGACACUUCACUCAUGUGAUUCUGGAUGAAGCAGGGCAAGCAAGUGAACCGGAGAGCCUGAUUCCUAUUGGAUUGAUUUCAGAAGCUCAUGGACAGAUAAUUCUUGUUGGAGAUCCAAAGCAGUUAGGGCCAACAAUAAAAUCUAAACUUGCGCUGACUUUUGGAUUAAGUAUGUCCUUGCUGGAAAGACUGACAUCAAGAGAGCUAUAUCUGAGAGACGAGGAUGCUUUUGGUGCCUGUGGAGCAUAUAAUCCUUUAUUGAUCACAAAACUCACGAAGAACUACAGGUCACAUUCUGCAUUGCUUGCCUUGCCAUCUAAAUUGUUUUAUCAUAAGGAACUAGAAGUUUGUGCAGACGCUUCAGUAGUAACUUCUUUGUUGAACUGGGGGAAAUUGCCCAGGAAGGGAUUUCCAUUAAUUUUUCAUGGAAUAAAGGGCACUGAAACUCGUGAAGGUCACAGUCCUUCAUGGUUUAACCCAGCUGAAGCAGUUCAAGUGAUGCAGUACUGUUGCCACCUUGCUAAAAACGAAAAUGCUGCAGUGUCAGUGACAGAUAUCGGAGUGAUUACACCAUAUCGUAAACAGGUGGAAAAAAUUAAAUUUCUUCUCAGAAGUAUUGAUCUGGCAGACAUUAAAGUUGGCACAGUAGAAGAGUUUCAAGGGCAGGAGUAUACAGUUAUCGUCUUAUCAACAGUGCGAUCUCAGGAAGACUUAAGUGAUGAUGAAAAAUACUGUUUGGGCUUUCUCUGUAACCCAAAGAGAUUUAAUGUAGCAAUUACUAGAGCAAAAGCUUUGCUGAUUGUCGUUGGAAAUCCUCAUGUUCUUGUGAAAGAUCCCUGUUUUUGUGCACUGUUAGAAUAUAGUUUAAUGAAUAGAGUUUAUGUAGGUUGUGACCUGCCCUCGGAGCUGGAAUGCCUGCAGAAGUAUGACUAGUUUUUCAGUGUUCAAGAUGCAUUCAGUCUUCAUCUGUUUUGAAACUAAGCAUACUUAACAGAAAUUUAGCCCUGAACAAGUCAAGCACUUUUUGUCCUUAGGGAGAGGCACACAUUCUGAAAUGGAUGAAAGUUUCUGCAAACAAGAUUUUUUUUUCUUAAGAAGUGAGAAGGUUGAAAUUAACAGUAUAGUAGUAGCAACUUACUUGCUCUUCUGUUUAAAAUGUACAUGACUCGGCCUCUGCAAAGAAGAAUAGGCCUGAAUCUAUAACCAUAUGCCUGAAUCCUCCAGGUUUCAGAAGAAAAAUAUUGAAGAACUCUGACAUCAGCUUUUCCUUAUUCUAUAAUUGUUUCAGCUUCUCAAUUUUCUCUGACUUGUGUAGUGCCACCUAAAACUGGACUGUCCCAAGAACACAUAUGUGUCGUGUCAUAGUCAUGGGAGUGUACAGUAAUAUAUCUACAGUGUGAACUGGGAUGAUACUUUAACAUCUCCACUCAACUGAUGUUGAAUACCUUAAGCCAAGCAUGCUUAAAAACUCUACUUCCAGUUUUUAAGGCCUUUGUUUGGUUUCCACUGCAGUCCAACCGUGUGCUGUGGUGUAUGUCAGAACAAUGCCUUAAGGGUUGGGUUAAAAUUUAAAAAAAAAAAAAGAAAAAUAGAAAAUGUGUUUUCCUCUCUAUAAAUACACUGUAGAAUAAAGUACCUUGUUUUA